UGCCCACAGGCCACAGCCAUUACCACGCCUCGCACAAUUGUCGCCAGGCAAGACAAGGGGAAGGUCUCUGACAGCUAGCAAGAGAGCAAGGCGAUGUCAAUGGCGGACGAGCAGAACGACGCUGGCCCGCCCGGCGCGCCGCACUUGCUGCUGCUGGCGGUGGUGGUGGGGCUGCUGGUUGCGUGGCCGCUUUUCCUGGGUGGCAGCCGCGAGGCGGUCAUCGAUACCAUCGCCAAAGCCAUCGCCGAGCUGCUCGGCCCCGUGGGCCUGCUCCUCCUCCCGCUGGGGCUCCUCCUCCUCAUCCACCUCCUCUCCUGCGACGGCGGCUCGCCCGACGCCGUGUACCAUGUCGGUGGAUCCCCCAUCGGCGUGGCGCUCAUGCUGGUCCUCAUCCUCGCCCUCCUCUACUACCGGUCGGCACUCUUCGGCAGCGGCGGAGGCGACGACAAGUAGGCGCCUGCCAGUAGGUAGAGUCUCAUCUCGGGGUGGCUGGUUGGGUUUUCUUUUCCAUGUGCUUGUUCUCUUCCGCCUCUCCUCCUCGUCGGUAGUCAUGCAUCCUGCACCACCGGCCAGCAGGCAGCAGUAAAUAACAAAGUGACAACUUUGCGUUUAA